AUGGUUAAAACAACAGAUACAAGACAAGGUAUAAUUCAAAGGUAUACUAUCUUUGGUGCAAUUGCUAUAACUUUAUUUUUAAUAGGUAAAAAACAUAUUCAAAUUUCAAAAAAUCAAAAACAUGAAAGAGAAUCGGAUACUAGUUUAAAUGUUGAAAGUGAUAAUGAAUUUUUAGUUAAAACUAAAAGACCAGGAUUUCCUGAAAAUAACCCUUAUUUAGAUUACUCAAGUGGUCAAAGAGUUUCAAAAUAUCAAGGUUCGGGAGAUGCUUAUAGUUCAAGAAAACAAGGUGAUAGAUUAUCAUUAUAUAAUGUUUUAAAACAAAAAUAUUUCCCUAGUGAAGAAGAUAAAAAUUUAUAUUUACCAAGUGAUGAAGAUAAAGUAAAUAGAUGA